UGUGUAUAAAUAUAUGUGUAUAUAUGUGGUACAGGUUUCAGGCCUGAUUUCAGUGGCUUCGCAUCAACUAUAUUGUGCUUCUUUGUAUAAACAAUGGUGAUGUAUGCACAUGUUUUUGUUUAACUGUGUGUGCUCGUGUACUAAUGUGUCAGGAGGACGAGAUUCAGUUCCUGUACAAUGAAAACACAGCGAAGCAGAGUGACAACAUCAUGGACAAAUGGAUUCAGUCCUUUACACAGUCCCUCAUCCAGUUCUUCAAGGCUGAGAUGGAUGCUUACCACCUGUACACCGUCGUGCCUCGCCUGGUCAAGUUUGUGGACAUGCUCACCAACUGGUACGUGAGGACCAACAGACGCCGUCUGAAGGGAGAGAGUGGCACUGAGGACUGCCUGUGGGCGCUGGAAACCCUCUUCAGUGUUCUGUUCACCAUGUGCAGGCUGAUG